GAAAAACCGGGCUUCUCUGGCCCCCGCGGAGGACUCGACUCACUGGUGCGCGCUUUCAGCCCAGAGCAUCUGCGGGGACACGAGGUUUCUACACGCGGCGGUGAGCUGGGAACUUGCGGAGCUGUGAGCGUCCCAAGUUAAACAGAAAGCAAAAGUCUCUAAAAAGUGAUUUGGAAACAACUCUAAAUAUCUGUAACUGUAUAAGCUACUAAAGAGAAAGUGACCCAAACAAAACUACUUGAGUAACUGAAACAGGUUCACGUUCUUGUCAUCAAUUCUAUCCAGAAGCUGAGGAGUCUCCCUUUGAACUGAAGGAUUGUCCGAGGAUGGCCUUCCAAUUUAAUUUCACUAUAGAGGACCAUCUGGAAAAUGAACUAACGCCCCCUGGAGAUGGAACUUUGACCCCGAGUUCCUCAAAAGAAUCUUCAGUCUCAGAAAGUCAAAAAGGUAAACACAGAGACACAAAAUGUUCUACAGAACAGUCUGUCUUCCCUCCGAGUCACUCCUGGGGACCUAAGUCAGUGGGACACGCAGCUCCCUCCCAAGACACAUGCAACUCACCCAAUGCAGCUCCCAGUUCAGGGAACUUAGAGCCUCAUGAAAAUCAGCCUUGCCUGAGACUCGCCAAAGAGCAUGCUGUGCCGGAAGAUCUAAAGGAAGUGUUGGAAACUAAAGUCAUAGAAACAUUACCAGGUCUCCAGCACGUUAACCUAUCGGUAGUGAAAACCAUCCUGUUGAAAGAGAACUUCCCUGGAGAAAACAUCGUUUCAAAAACCUUCUCGUCUCACUCUGAUCUGAUUACCGGUGUUUACGAAGGAGGUUUAAAAAUCUGGGAAUGUACCUUUGACCUCCUGGCUUAUUUCACGAAGGCCCAAGUGAAAUUUGCUGGGGGGCGAGUGUUGGAUCUUGGCUGUGGAUCAGGGUUGCUGGGUUUAGUGGCGCUCAAGGGAGGGGCCAAAGAAGUUCAUUUUCAAGAUUAUAACAGUUUGGUGAUCGACGAAGUAACUUUACCUAAUGUGGCAGCUAACUCUUCUCUGGAAGAUGAAGAAAAUGAUGGAAACGAGCUGGACGUGAAAAGAUGCAGGAAAUCAAAAGCAGCACAAAAACUAGGUCAGUGCCGGUUCUUUUCUGGGGAGUGGUCUACGUUUUGUAAGCUCGUAACCAGUGAAAAAUACUUUGAAAAAUAUGACCUCAUUCUCACCUCAGAAACGAUUUACAAUCCGGAUUACUAUGAUACUCUGCACCAAACAUUCCUUCAAUUGUUAGGUAAAAAUGGGCGGGUACUUUUGGCCAGCAAAGCACAUUAUUUUGGUGUAGGUGGAGGUGUUCAUCUCUUUCAGAAGUUUGUAGAAGAAAGAAAUGUAUUUAAGACUAGAACACUUGAAAUAAUUGAUGAAGGACUAAAAAGAUACCUAAUUGAAAUGACUUUUAAGUAUCCUAGUUAAUGUCCAUGGAGUGUCCUAAGUAAAAUAAAUAGAAUAACUAAAAA